CGGGGGGGAGACCGUGGGGGGGCUGCUCGGUCCCGCGCGCUGCCUCGGCCAAGAUGGCGGCAGGGACGGCAGCGGCGGCCGUGGCCCGGCUGGAGGGCCGCGAGUUCGAAUACCUCAUGAAGAAGCGCUCGGUGACCAUCGGCCGCAACUCCUCGCAAGGCUCGGUGGACGUGAGCAUGGGCCACUCCAGCUUCAUUUCGCGGCGACACCUUGAGAUUUUCACUGCCCCGCCCGCCCAGGCCCCAGCCACUGCCAACAGCAAUGCCGGCCCCGCCUCAGCUCUCUCCGGCGAUGGGACCGGGCCCCAGUCCCAAGCCGACUCCACCGCCGCUUCGUCUGGCGGCGGCGAUUUCUAUUUGCGCUGCCUUGGCAAGAACGGCGUAUUUGUGGAUGGAGUGUUCCAGCGCCGGGGGGCGCCACCGCUGCAGCUGCCCCGAGUAUGUACAUUCAGGUUUCCCAGCACAAACAUCAAGAUAACAUUUACAGCUUUAUCCAAUGAAAAGAGAGAAAAACAGGAGUCACCGCAGUCCCCAGUGAAACCUGUGCAGCCCCAGAUCUCUCCGCUAACAAUAAACAUUCCAGACAACAUGGCUCACCUGAUCAGCCCUCUCCCUUCUCCCACAGGAACAAUCAGUGCUGCAAAUUCCUGCCCAUCUAGCCCCCGUGGUGCAGGUUCUUCAGGGUACAAAAUGGGUCGUGUAAUAUCCUCUGACCUUCAUCUAAUGGCUGAUAACUCACAGUCAGAAAAUGACAAAGAAGCAUCAGGUGGAGAUAGCCCAAAGGAUGACUCAAAGCCACCUUAUUCCUAUGCACAACUAAUAGUACAAGCAAUUACGAUGGCACCUGAUAAGCAACUUACACUAAAUGGAAUUUACACGCACAUAACUAAAAACUAUCCUUACUACAGAACAGCUGAUAAGGGCUGGCAGAAUUCAAUACGUCACAAUCUCUCUCUGAAUCGUUAUUUCAUCAAAGUACCGCGUUCCCAGGAAGAACCAGGCAAAGGCUCCUUCUGGAGGAUAGACCCUGCCUCUGAAAGCAAAUUGAUAGAGCAGGCUUUUAGGAAAAGGCGGCCGAGGGGAGUACCUUGCUUUAGAACCCCACUGGGACCUCUCUCUUCUAGAAGUGCCCCAGCUUCUCCUAAUCAUUCUGGAGUGUUGUCUGCUCACUCAAGUGGUGUGCAGACCCCAGAGAGCCUGUCAAGGGAAGGGUCUCCUGUCCCAAUGGAUCCUGAGCCGAGCACUAUCCAGCCAAAACUAGCAGUAAUACAAGAAGCACGAUUUGCACAGAGUGCCCCAGGAUCACCCCUAUCUAGCCAGCCAGUUUUAAUAACUGUACAGAGGCAGCUCCCACAAACGAUGAAACCUGUCACGUACACUGUUGCAACUCCUGUGACAACUUCAACAUCCCAGCAGCCUGUAGUACAGACAGUUCAUGUUGUUCAUCAGAUACCAGCUGUGUCUGUCACAAAUGUGACUGGAUUAGCACCAGCAAAUACUUACACUGUAGCUGGACAAGCAGUGGUCACGCAGGCGACAAUGGUAGCCCAACCUAAGGGAGAACCUCAAGAAAAUGGAGACCACAAUGAAGUGAAAGUUAAAGUGGAGCCUAUACCUGCAGUUAGCCAUACAACCAUAGGAGCUGCUAGUCGGAUUAUUCAGACAUCUCAGACCACACCCUUACAGACGGUUACUCUAGUGCAACAGACACCUCUAGGUCAACACCAGCUACCAAUAAAAACUGUAACACAGAAUGGAACACACAUAGUCCCCAUCACCACAGCAAUUCAAGGUCAGGCCAACACUGCUGCUGCAAGCCCCUUACACAUGUUAGCCACCCAUGCAUCUGCGUCGGCAUCUCUUCCAACGAAACGCCAGAAUGGAGACCAGUCUGAACAGCAAGAAUUGAAACGUAUCAAAACAGAGGAUGGGGAAAGCAUAGUCAUAGCUGUGAAUGUGGAAACCCCCCCUGUGGCAGUGAAUGAACAAGGCAGCCAGAUCUAGGAACAUAGAGGAAUAUUUCUUUUUAAAAUAAUGCUCCAUGGUGCCAAAAGGAGACUUUGAAACACCUAAAAUAUUGAACAUGUUCUCACACAGUGGGGAAAGGGGCCCUGUGAUCAGACUUCAACUUUCAGCACUGAGAAAAACACAGGUGGCCUUAAAACUCCUUAAUUUAAAACACAACAAAAACUGUCAAACAUCUUGUUCCAGAGGCUGUGACCCUUCCCCCCACCCUCCUUGCCGUUCUGAAGUGACUCUUUAUAUGUUGAGAGAUACAAAGUUGGAGAAGCUGCAACUUUAAAAACCUCUAUUGGAUUAUUUUAACGAUUGAGUAUCUGAUUAUAUCGUAGCAUGAUAAGCGCUUCAUGUGACCGGAUUUCAAACGAUUGUAUAUUCCUCAAAGGGAACAGAGGCAAGGAGCCAUUUCCUACAUCUUGGCAGCUAGCCUUUCAUAACGACCUACCCAAUGCAGUUGUUGGUAGAUAUGCAGUAUUUUGUUGUUCACAUGUGAAAUUAGAAAUUUUUGAUGUGUACUUUCAUUUUCUUUUCAAAAUAAUGGGGUCUUUGACAUUUCAAAUCACUCCAUUUCUACUCCAGAAACUUUGGAAUCACACAAUACUUUUCAUGUGAAAUUUUGUUUGGUAAAACUGAAUGUAGGGUUUUUUAACCAAUGGAAUGAUUUAAUUUUGUCCUGUUAAAAGUUCAGAUAAAGCUACUUUGUUACAUCUGCAAAUUUUCAUAUUUUAGCAGUUGCCUGAUAAAUUUAAUCAAAUUUUAUUACCUUGUGUAGUGAUCAAAUGCUUCUUUGGGCUUGCAUGUAACUGAUUAGAAAUUACAGUGUAAAUGAGCCGUUAACUGACGUAAAGAACUGCUAUGAAUUUGACCAGAGCUGCACUUAUCUGUUUCUCUUUCUUGCUACCUUUUUGCUGUUUGUUACUUUGUGUUGACUUGACUGUCCCUGGCAUAUUUUUCCAGUCUAAGGUAAAACCAGAGUCUCGCUUAAUAUUGUGUAUGUUUAAAAUGACAGACUGUUCUUCAUUUAGAAAAGAGAAAAUUCUUUAUCACAAGUCCUUUUAAAAAAGAAAAAUUAUCUUGUCAGAGGUAUAUUCAAUAUUUUUAAGCAUAAGCACCCACCAGUAGAAAUUUAAUCUGACGAGUUUAUCCUUUAACUUUUGAUGUCAUACACAGACCUCCUGGGGUCUUCAUUAAGAGUAGCUAUUGUGGUUUUCUAACAGUGGCUACCAUACUAUAAUAAAUGUGUUUUUUUUAA